GUCCGAGCCGACAGAGCCGUACACCUUUCUCAAGGCAGCUCCUCCCAAGCCACAUUCGAACCCCAGCUGCCAGCCGUAGCCUGCCUUACGUCCUCUCGUGCUCUCCGCCUUUCACGCUCACUGGUGUAUUAUCACCAGGUCAACCAGGUAUCUCAGGUCAACGGGGUCAACCAGGUAUCUCAGGUCAACGGGGUCAACCAGGUAUCUCAGGUCAACGGGGUCAACCAGGUAUCUCAGGUCAACGGGGUCAACCAGGUAUCUCAGGUCAACGGGGUCAACCAGGUAUCUCAGGUCAACGGGGUCAACCAGGUAUCUCAGGUCAACGGGGUCAACCAGGUAUCUCAGGUCAACGGGGUCAACCAGGUAUCUCAGGUCAACGGGGUCAACCAGGUAUCUCAGGUCAACGGGGUCAACCAGGUAUCUCAGGUCAACGGGGUCAACCAGGUAUCUCAGGUCAACGGGGUCAACCAGGUAUCUCAGGUCAACGGGGUCAACCAGGUCUCUGAGGGAAAAGGGGUCAACCAGUAUUUCAGGCGAUUGACCCCUUUACGGCAUGCUCGUUCGACUGUGCUUCUGGAAAGGAGCGGAUCAAGUGGAGCAGUGGAAAGGGCUCUGGGAGCUAGAGGCACAACUGUAGUGAGGGGAGCACUAGGAGGUCGAGGGGCUCUUGCUGUUGCUUUGCCGGGAAGGCCUUCUCCUGUGCUGCUUGCCUGCAGCAUGCGGGGGAGUUUGGCGGAGGAAUUGAGCCGGGGUUGUAGCUCUAGAAGGAAUGGCACUGUGGCCUGGGCCAGGGGUCGAGGCAGGGCUGCUAAGAAGGAGGAAUUGGUUUGGGGGAGUGUGGAGGUGACUGCAGAAGAGGAGGCUGUAGGGGACGCGACAUCAGGAGAGACAGUUGAUGGUGUGAUUGUAGGGAAUGUGACCAGAGAAAAGACAGCCACAGAGGUGACUUUAGGGGACGUGAAUGCAGAACAAGAGGCAGUAGGGGACGUGAGUGCUGAAGAGACGGUCGAAGGUGUGACUUUAAGGGAAGUGAGUGAAAAACAGACAGUUAAAGAGGUGACUGUAGGGGACGUGAGUGAAGAGAGUGGCAGUUGUACGGAAACAGAGGGCAGUCGAGCUUCAGAGGUGACUGUUUGGAAGGAGGAGGCACAGGUUAUGACGGCUGGACAGGGAGCAUCAGAGUUGAGUGUUUGGAGAGAGGAAUCAAAAGCAGUGGUGGUUGGACGGAAAGCAUCAGAGUUGAGUUUCUGGAAAGAGGAGGGAAAAGCAGUGGUUGCUGGACAGAAAGCAUCAGCGGUGACUGUCUGGAAGGAGGAGGCAAAAGCAGGGAUCAUAGAGCAGGGAGCAUUGGAGGAGCCUCACGCAGUGGUGAUAGAGCAGAGAGGAUUGGAAGAACACCAAACGGCGGUGAUAAAGCAGAGAGCAUCAGAGCUGGUUGUUUGGGAAGAGGAGGCAGAAGCACCAGUGAUCGAUCAGAGAGCAUGGGAGAAGCAUCAGGCAGCGGUGGAGGAAGCGUCGAUUGGUCUGCACGACACCGACCCUGAAGAGGUCUUUGAGUGGACCCACACACCAAUAAGUUCAGUCCAGCCUUUUGAACCGACUCAAACACUAUGUGCGGCUGAGACAGCUUUGGUGGGUCAGCAGCAGGGCAUUCAGGAUCUUUCUGAGGUGUCUCAAACAUGGAACGGGGGGCAGCAGCCCUGGCAACUGCAGCAGAAGCAGCAGCAUCUGAAGAAGCAGUGGCAAGGGCACGGAGAGCAGCAAGAGCAGAAGGUGGGAGCUGAGGCAACGGCGGAGGCAACGGUGAAGGCAAGUGUGGAGGCAAGGGCGGAGGCAGGGUUGUUUGAUAUGAGUGAGCUCGUUCAAGCUGUGGCGUUUGAAGCUGAAUCGGAUUUUUCGAAUGCCCAAGGCGACAGGAGCAGCUUUCACCAGUAUCUUGAGUCGGUGCACGAGAAGAUGACACGUCAGCAGCUGAGUGCCUCGCUGGAAGUGCAGCAGGUGGUGGGAUGGGCAGGAGUGAACUAUGACAUGCUGCUGCCACACGUGCGCAGGCAGCGCCUGGAACCGUUGUCGCAAAUCCGCUGCCCGUUCUUCCCUCGCUCCCUUGCGCAAUCGCAAUCACACUGGCAGAUCUCCCGGGCUCUUGGGUACUCGGACACGCAGCAUCUGCUGGAGCACUACAAGGCCGUUGAUGAAGCCAUGAGCGAAUUGGAUAGUUUCGGGCAUAGCGGAGGAGAGGAGAGCGUGAGCUUUGAGUCGACUCAAAACACGCAGCAUCUGGUGGAGCACCACAGGGCUGCUGAUGAAGCGAUGAGAGGAUUGGAGAGUGAGGAGAUUUGGGAGCAUAGCAGAGAGGAGAGCAUGGGUUUUGAGUCGACUCAAAAGAUGCAGCAUGUGUGGGAGCACCACAGGGCCUCUGUGGAGGCAUUGGGAUGGGAGAGUGAGGAGAUGGUGGGGCAUAGCGGAGGCGAGAGCAUGGAGCUGGCAGCACUCUCCCCGCGUCUCUCUCCUUUCCCGAGCGUCACCACGUCCUGCCCGCACUUCUCCUCCCACGUCAGAUUCCAGGCGGUGUGGGGAGGAGGAGAUGUGCAGAGUGACAGAGUGGGAGCGGGCUGGAGUGGCUCUAGGGAAUCAGAGUUGGGGAAAGCAGGCGAAGCAGAUCCUUUAGUGCAGCAGUGGUUCGGUACUGCUCAGUCAAGUAAAAACACUGUUGCGGAGGAGCUGAACGGGAGUCAAACUGGAGCCAGCUUGACUUUUGAGAGCAGCAGUGGCUCCUCUCAGUCCCGAAACUCACAGUCAUCAGCGCAGCAGCCGUUUGGUUCCACUCAGUCUAAUGUGGAGCCACACGUAGAAAGUAGAUGUGGAGUCACACGUCUCAAAACUAAUGUGGAGCCACACUGGAGCCAAACAGGAGCCAAACCGCACUCCCCGCAGCGCUCUCAGUCCACUCCCACCUCCCCUUCCUCUCUGUCUGCUCCUGCUGCCGAUCCUGCCCAUUCUGUCCGUUCUGUUUAUUCUGCUCCGUCUGCUGAUUCUACUCCUAUGCAGUCGGAGUGGCAACGACGUGCCACUGCCAUGCGUGCUGCUGCUGCUCUUGCCCGUGCUGCCACACCCGCCACCACCACUCCCCCCACCACUGCCACCAACCCCACCACGCCCGCCACCUCUGCCACUCCUCCUCAUCCGUCCUCUCACCCUCCAGUCCCUCCUUCCACGCCUCCUUCCUCUGUUGCCCCUGCUUCUCUCCCUUCUUCUGCUCCUCCCAUCUCCGUCUCUAGUCGUCCCAGUCCUUCCCAUUCCCACACACAAGCACCGUCCGCUCCCUCCUGGCCUGCAGACACGCACAGCCCAUGGUCCCCCUGGAAUCAUCGGGGCACUAGCACUCAGCAAGAAGCACCGCGAGUCUUCACUGCGAGGCACGAGGCAAUCCAAGCCAGCAGUGUGUUUGAGUCGAUUAAAACAGAGCAAGAAACAACGCCGCUUGUAUCCACCACAACUGUGAGGCAGGAUGUAAUUCGAGCCAGCGGUGUAGGGCAGGGAGCAGGCCAUGUUAUGGCGCAGCAGGUAGAGUGGUCCUCCGUGAGAGAGGGUCACAGGGUGGGUCGUCAUUCCGAAGCUGAUUCUGCGACCCAUCCUGCCGUGGCUGCCCUGCUGGCUCGGUGGCGCCAGACCCAUUUUGGCUCGGUCUGCUUCGAGGACCGGCCGGAGCUGAAGCUGCCGAGCCUGGUUCGAAAUGCUGUUGGGGCGGAGACCCGGGAAGGAGGUUUGGGGGUUGUGGCUGUGGUGCAGGGAGGAGAGGAGGGGAGGAUGGGAGAGGAAGGUGGAGGUGUGAGUGGUUUAAGGGGGUUUGGAGGGGUUGAUUUGGAGGACAGUGAUUGGAUAGAGGGAAGGGAGGAUGGGGAGGAGGUGGAGGAAGAGGAAGGAGAAGAGGAGGAAGGAGGGUAUGAAGAUUUCUAUGUGGUAGGCAGCGAGGAGGAGGAAGAAAUCCUUGAUGCAUUUUUACAGGAGGAGGGUUUCGGGUUUAGGAUGGUAAAAGAGGAAGAGGAGGAGAACAGUGAUGUUGCAGUGGUAUCUGUGGACGCAUGGGAGGCAGACAGCCUGGCGACAGCCACAGGCAGGGCGAAGAGGGGACGGAGGAAGAAGACAAUGGAAGCCAGUGGGGGGGCUUGGGAUACCCCAGGCACGAGUUCCGCCUCACAUGUAGUCAAUGCAGAAGAAGGGCCGGUCAUGCCGUUAGCUAGUAGCACAGCAGGUGUCGUGGUGGAUGGGGAUGCAGCGGCGGAUGGGGAUGCAGCAGAUCGUGCCGCAGCAGAGAUGGCAUGGCUGGACAUGACUCUAGGGAGUGCAGACGGAGCAGCUGAAGCACCAGCCUCACACGGCGCGGCAGCAGCAAUAGAGGAGCGCGUGAGCUGGCUGGAGACCCCACUGAGGAGCCUGGCUCGGCGGGGUGGAGGCGUGCUGACGCCGGGGCAGAGGGAGAAGCUGGAGAAGGCCGGGAUGUGGACGGUGCGGCACCUGCUGGAGCAUUACCCUCAUACCUACAAGGACCUCACGUGUAGCAGAGAGGAUGUGAUGCGGGAUGGACAGGUGGCUGCUGUUGGCGUGGUGGAGAGCGUCAGUGUGAGCGCAGCGAGAGGUGGGUCGUGUGCGGUAGCUGAGCUUCGAAUCCGCUGCAAUCCACCUGACAGCGCCGCCACCACACGCAACACCGAUUCCCCCCCCAGCACCACAACCAGCAAACCCAGAUUCAGCAACCCCAAAUCUACCAGCAGCAGUGGCAGCAGUGGCAACAGCGGUGGGGGGUUUGUGGUGACAGCGAAGCAGUUCCGCGCUGGGAGCUGGGCUCGGACGUCUCUCUACUCCGCCUACCCUCAGGGCUGCCUCGUCUCUGUCACUGGCCAGGUGAGGGCAGUGCAGGGCGAUGGGACGAUCGAGCUGGACAUGAACAGUGACAUUGUGAAGGUGGAUGCAGGCGGUAGCAGGGGGGACGGUGGUGCUGUGCCGGUGUAUUCAGCCAGGAAGGACAUGGACCCUCUCUCCCUGCGCGUCAUCCUGGAAAGUCUAAUCAAGCUCAUCCCUCAGGACAUGGAAUACCAUUCCCCCUCCCUCCGCGCGCGCUACAACCUCCUCCCGCUCCCCCUCGCCCUCGCCACCAUCCACUGCCCGUCUGACCGCGCUCUCGUUCCCCUUGCCCGGCGCCGCAUCGUCUUCGACGAGUUCUUCUUCUACCAGCUCCGCAUCCUGCUGCAGAGCCGGCGAAUCAAACUCGGCCACCUGGCAUCCGCAGCAGCAGCCGCAGCAGCAGGAGCCUCCGGAGGGGGAGGAGGGACCAUCGAGUGGACCCGCAGAGAUCUGACGGCCGAACAGUGGUCCCCACUCACGCAGGAAAUUCUUUCCAGCCUGCCCUAUACUCUCACCGCCGGGCAGAUGCAGGCUGCCCGGGAAAUAAUCUCCGAUAUGAAUUGGCCGGUGCCAAUGUCGAGGCUGUUGCAGGGGGAUGUGGGGUGUGGGAAAACGGUGGUGGCGCUACUGGCAUGCAUGGAGGCAGUGGCGCAUGGGUAUCAGGUGGCUGUGAUGGCUCCCACUCAGUUCCUCGCCCAGCAGCACGUGGCACGGUUUGAACUGUGGCUCCAAGCGCUGCCGCCUGAUCGCCGCCCGAGGGUUUGCCUGCUGACUGGGAGUGUGAAGCGGGCCAAGGCACUGCGGCUGGACAUCAAGGAGGGCAGGGUGAGCAUCAUCAUCGGCACGCAUGCACUCAUUGCUCGGGCCACGGCCUUCCACCGCCUGGGGCUGGCCAUAGUGGACGAGCAGCACCGCUUCGGGGUGAAGCAACGUGCCAGGCUGCACGAGAAGGGCCUGGACGCACUUCGACAGCAGCAGGAAGCCAGCGACAGUAGCGACACAGAAGAUGCUUCUUCCUCCUCCUCUUCGUCCUCCGCCCUCCCUCUUCUCUCGGAGCCCCACACGCUCACCAUGACUGCCACCCCCAUCCCGCGCUCCCUCGCCCUCGUGCUGCACGGCCAAAGCGACAUCUCACGAAUCGCUGAGCUGCCGCCCGGACGCACGCCGGUGAAGACUCUUGUCUUUUAUGACCGGGACGGGAAGGGCGGCAGCAGUGGGGAUGAGAGUGAGGGGGAGGAGGAGGAGGGGAAGGAGAGGGCUGCAGCUUACAAGAUUCUCCGUGAAGAGGUGCAAUCCGGCGGGCGGGCUUUCAUCGUCUUCCCCAUCAUUGAUGCCUCAGAGGAGCUCCCGGAAGUGCGGGCAGCCACGGAAGAAUUUCAGCUGCUGACCGAACCAGGCGGGCUGCUGGGCACUGCAUUGAUUGAUGGCAGUAGUGCUGCUGCCCGACAAAAGCGGCCGCGCCGUCGCAGUGAAUAUAGCCGGUUUGAGCUCUGCGAGAUUGAUAAUUCUACAGAUGGUGUCUACAACGGGUAUGAUACAGACCAGUAUAACUGCGAGCUGGAUGCGACGUAUGGUGAUCAGUCAGACGUCGAAGACUACAGCAGUGAUGAAGACGAUGAGGAAGAAGAAGAUGAUGAUGGUGAUGCUGUUGGUUAUGGUUCAGAGGGGGCAGAAGUGCUGCGCUGUGGGCUCGUGCAUGGCCGCAUGGAACCGGAGGAGAAGGAGGGAGUCAUGCGCAGCUUCCAAGAAGGAUCCAUACAGGUGCUUGUGUGCACGACCGUCAUAGAGGUGGGGAUAGACAUUCCCGAGGCGACAGUGAUGUUGGUGGAGCAUGCGGAACGGUACGGUUUGGCGCAGCUGCACCAGCUGAGGGGGCGUGUGGGCAGAGGGCAGCGCCCCUCGCGGUGCCUGCUGGUGGGCAGCAGUAAGGGCGCGCGGCACAAGCUGAAGCUGCUGGAAACGUCAAACGACGGCAUGGAGUUGGCUCAGAUGGACCUCAAGAUGCGAGGCCCGGGGGAGCUGCUGGGAAGCAAGCAGUCGGGGCGGCUGCCGGGAUUCAACCUGGCGAGGCUGGACCGUGAUGUGGACAUUUUGAACGAAGCCAUGCAGGCUGCUGAG